UCUUCCUUCAAUUGUCUUGAAAAAUCUUCUUAUUUUUUCUCAUUCUGAAGCCUUUACAAUGAGAGACAAUAACUCAUUAGAGAACAGAGCCAAAGCAUCAUCAAAAUUCGGUGAUCAAAACCAAGCACCAAAAUCUCUGCACACAAAGACCAUUGCCAAUCAAUCCAAGCCCAAGUCUUCAUGGGGUUCACACAUUGUGAAGGGCUUCACAGGCACAGCCGACAAGAAAACCAAGGUUCAAACCAUCACUGUCCAAACCAAGAAGCCUCCUCUUUCAAAUUCCGACCUCCCAAACACCAACCAAAACAACCCAGUUCUGCAUUCCCAUUCUAGAGUUAAAAGGUCUCUCAUCACUGAUUUAUCUUGCUCAGUUAAUGCAACCCAAGUUCACCCUCAGCUCUACCAAACGCACCGGAGACAGUCCUCCGGUUCUCGCGAUUUGUUCAUCGAAUUAGACCACGUUAGGACCCUUCUUCAGGAGUCCAAAGAGAGGGAGUUUAAGCUGCAAGCUGAGCUUACCGAGUGGAAGACAAAUGCUAUGGUUUUGGACCUCGAAAAGCAGCUUGAAACAAGGAACACUGAAGUAGAUAAUCUUUCAACCCGAGUUGGGUUGUUGGAGUCUGAGAGGAGCAGCUUAUGUGAUCAACUGGCAACUUUGACUUCCAUUUUGGAGAGGAAUGAAGAAAAUUUGGAGAUUUCGAAGAAACCCCAAUCGAAUAGGGAUCUUGAAAUGGAAGUGGUGGAGUUGAGGAGGUUGAACAAGGAGUUGCAGAUGCAAAAGAGGAAUAUUGCUUGCAAGCUUUCUUCUUUGGAAUCCCAGUUAGCUUCUCUUGCCAAAUCUAAUGAGAGUGAUGUUGUUGCGAAAGCUAAAGCCGAGGCAUCAAUGUUAAGACAUACAAAUGAAAACCUGAGCAAACAAGUGGAAGGUCUGCAAAUGAGCCGAUUGAAUGAAGUCGAGGAGCUUGCAUACUUGAGGUGGGUUAAUUCAUGUUUACGAGAUGAACUACGGAAUUCGUGUUCGACUACGAAUUUUGAUAAGCCAUUAAGUCCAGUUCAAUGCAAGGUUGAGUAUGUGAGCUCACCUAAUUCAGCAAGCAGUAAGAGCUCAGAACAAAGUAGCGCAAGUGUUAAGAGAUUGAAUUUUAUGAAAAAGAUGAAGAAAUGGUCUAUUACUAGCCAACAAUUUUCAAGUUCAGAGUAUGCAGAUAAUAUAGGGGACAAGGAAUGGGUGCAUAUAGAGGAGCUGAGAAGCCCUGGAAGAAGACAUUCUAUAAGUGGAUCAAAAUGUUACAUACAAGAGUUAAUACCAAAUAAGAGAAGGCAAUCUGAUGGUUUUAUGUGUACCAAAGAAAUAGAUAAGGAGGCUGAGCCGUUAAGUUCUCAAAAGUCUACAGCUGCUGCUUCUUCAGCUUCUUUAGAUUUUGAGAAAAGGGCUUUGAGGAUUCCUAAUCCUCCUCCCAGACCUUCCUGUUCUAUUCCAUUUGGACCUAAAGAUGAAAGUUGUACACAAAUUCCACCACCGCCCCCACCGCCCCCUCCGAAGUUUUCAGUGAGAAGUAGUGCCGGUGUCGUGAAACGUGCUCCGCAAGUAGUCGAGUUUUAUCAUUCACUCAUGAAAAGGGGUUCUAGGAAAGAUUCCACAAAUGGAGGAAUCUGUGAUGUGCCUGAUGUUGCUAACGUUCGUAGCAGCAUGAUCGGUGAAAUCGAGAAUAGAUCAUCACAUUUGCUGGCUAUAAAGGCGGAUGUUGAAACUCAAGGAGAAUUCGUGAAUUCGUUGAUAAGAGAAGUAAAUAAUGCGGUUUAUCGGAACAUCGAAGAUGUUGUAGCAUUUGUGAAAUGGCUUGAUGAUGAGCUUUGCUAUCUAGUUGAUGAAAGGGCAGUUUUGAAGCACUUCGCUUGGCCUGAGAAAAAAGCCGACACAUUACGCGAAGCGGCAUUCGGAUACCGAGAUCUCAAGAAAUUGGAGUCUGAGGUAUUAUACUACAAGGAUGAUUCCAGAGUGCCUUGUGAUAUUGCCUUAAAGAAAAUGGUUGCCUUGUCUGAGAAGAUGGAACGUACAGUUUAUAACCUCCUACGUACAAGAGAGUCAUUGAUGCGCAACUGCAGGGAAUUCCAAAUUCCCACAGACUGGAUGCUUGACAAUGGGAUUAUAAGCAAGAUUAAGCUUGGAUCGGUGAAACUGGCGAAGAGGUACAUGAAAAGGGUAGCCAUGGAACUGCAGUCCAAGGCAACGCUGGAAAAGGAUCCGUCGAUGGACUAUAUGCUCCUCCAAGGAGUUAGAUUUGCUUUCAGAAUACACCAGUUUGCAGGAGGAUUCGACUCCGAAACGAUGCAUGCGUUUGAGGAACUCCGGAACCUUGCCAACCUCCUUAACAAGAAGUAGUAGUAAAGGGCAAGGGAGGUUUUUUGUUUUAUUUCCCUUGUGUGUUUGGGGGCAGAGAGUUGUGUGGUUUGGUCACCUUCUUAUAUAUUAUUAGAAGUGUGGGGAAAAAGUGUUUUGAUUUUCAAUGCUUAUGGCAAAGCAGCAGCAUGGUUUGUUGCUGUUGUUCCAGGGCAUAAAGUCUUAGAAAUAGAGGAUUGUGGGGUAGAAGAGGAAGUGAAGAUACUUGGUUAGACGAUGAUGAUGCUAAAUGAUCGGAUUGCUGAACAUGCUGCUGCGGCAAGUGCAAGUGCAAGGUGAAAUGUGAGCUGUAUCAGCAGUAUCACGUGUAAAGAAAUUACAACUUCACUUCUACCUGAAUCACACUAUUAUCAUGUGUAAAAAUGAACUCUUUUAUUAGAGAAGAACAAAAGGAGAAGAGACAUCUACAUUCUCCUUGUUAAUGCA